AUGUUUGCACUAGAUCAGAGGACGAUGUGUUCUGCAUCAGUUGUAUCUAGGAUGGCAGUGAAAAGGACAUAUUUUAAAACAGAGCCUGAACAAAUACCCCAGAGAGAAGGCGACAACGGACGGGAGUUAGCUUUCUCAAGACUUUUGGAUGCUCUUCAGAAAACUUUCCAAUUUGUAACAGGAACAGUACCAACAGAUAACAACAAGAAAAGAAAAAUAACAGAGGACGACAGCAGACAUAGUGUUGCAAAGAAACGCAAGACCGAUUUUGAAGACUGUGUGAGCAAAUCAAAUCAUGACAGAGAUAAUGACUGUUCCAUUUGUUUGGCUCCGUGGUCAGCAUGCGGGGAUCACAGACUGACCAGUCUCAGAUGUGGUCAUCUGUUUGGGCACAGCUGUAUUGUCAGAUGGAUCGAGAAUGCCCACAACUGUCCCUACUGUUGUGCUUAUGCUGAAGUCACUGACCUGAGGAACAUAUUUGCACAGAAAGUUCAGGCUGAGGAUACCACUGACAGAGACUUGGCCCUAGAACUGUUGAAGAAGGAGAGGGCAGCCAGGAAAGAGUUGAAACGGCAGCUGAACAGACAGAAGGCAGACAAUGAAAGCCUGAGACUUGAACUGGAACAGCUCAAGGGAGGCAGGUCUUCAGGCAGGACACGAUAUUGUUCUGGUGGGUUUGGUUUUAUGGCAACCUUGGCUGCUCUCAGAGAUUCUUUAGCAAAGCGUCUGUGGAGAGCAUUCAGAAGACGAUGCCGAAUAAAGCAGCCACAGUUUACCAUGUCAGAGCGCCGAAGCCAGUGUGCAAUUCCACCUGAAGAUAUAAACUUUGGAGACAACCGACCGACAGAAUGA